AUGGCAGAGGGACAGCGGAGGCAGCAGAUGGAGGCAGAGCUGCCCACCGCGGAGCGGGAACGAAGCGGCGGUGCCGAGCUGCUCCGCGGUGCGCGCGGCAACGCGGCAGACCGGGCGCCACAGGAUGCUCCGCGUUCUCAGUUACGCGACUCGUCCCUGCGAGCGACAGGGAAGGGCAGAACGCAGCCAAUGACAUUGGGAGACGGCGCCUGCUCCGUCCCUCUUCCCUGGAGGGACAUGGGGGAUUAUUCCCAGCCAAUUCAGCAGGAUCCUCGGAGCAAACACAAGUUUAAAAUCCACACGUAUUCCAGCCCCACCUUCUGUGACCACUGCGGCUCGUUGUUGUACGGGCUCAUCCACCAGGGCAUGAAGUGUGACACCUGCAUGAUGAACGUGCACAAGCGCUGCGUGAUGAACGUGCCCAGCCUGUGCGGGACGGACCACACCGAGCGGCGCGGGCGGAUAUUCAUCAGGGCCGACAUCGACAAGGACGUGCUGACCGUCGUAGUAAGAGAUGCUAAAAACCUAGUCCCUAUGGAUCCCAAUGGCUUGUCAGAUCCCUACGUGAAGCUUAAACUAAUCCCCGACCCCAAAAACGAAAGCAAACAGAAGACCAAAACUAUCAAGUGCUCCCUGAACCCAGAGUGGAACGAGACAUUUAAGUUCCAGCUGAAGGAGGCGGACAAGGACCGGCGGCUCUCGGUGGAGAUCUGGGACUGGGACCUCACCAGCAGGAACGACUUCAUGGGCUCGCUCUCCUUCGGCAUCUCCGAGCUGCAGAAGGCCGGCGUGGACGGCUGGUUUAAGCUGCUGAGCCAGGAGGAAGGAGAGUAUUUCAACGUCCCGGUGCCCCCGGAGGGAGAAGAAGGAAACGAGGAGCUGAGGCAGAAAUUUGAGAGAGCCAAGAUCGGUCCCGGCUCCAAAGCGGCCGAUGAGAAGAUGAUGAACGCGAUUUCCAAAUUCGAUAACAACGGGAGCAGAGACCGGAUGAAACUUUCGGAUUUCAACUUCCUGAUGGUGCUGGGAAAAGGCAGCUUUGGAAAGGUGAUGCUCGCCGAGCGCAAGGGCACGGACGAGCUCUACGCCGUGAAGAUCCUCAAGAAGGACGUGGUGAUCCAGGAUGACGACGUGGAGUGCACGAUGGUGGAGAAGCGGGUCCUGGCCCUCUCGGGGAAGCCGCCGUUCCUGACGCAGCUGCACUCCUGCUUCCAGACCAUGGAUCGCCUGUACUUCGUGAUGGAGUACGUCAACGCAGAAAUUGCCAUUGGCCUCUUCUUCCUGCAAAGCAAAGGCAUCAUUUACCGAGACCUGAAGCUGGACAACGUGAUGCUGGACAGCGAGGGGCACAUAAAGAUCGCCGACUUCGGCAUGUGCAAGGAGAACAUCUGGGACGGGGUGACCACCAAGACCUUCUGCGGCACCCCCGACUACAUCGCGCCCGAGAUAAUCGCUUACCAGCCCUACGGGAAGUCGGUGGACUGGUGGGCGUUCGGCGUGCUGCUCUACGAGAUGCUGGCGGGCCAGGCUCCCUUCGAGGGCGAGGACGAGGACGAGCUCUUCCAGUCCAUCAUGGAGCACAACGUGGCCUACCCCAAGUCCAUGUCCAAGGAGGCGGUGGCCAUCUGCAAAGGGCUGAUGACCAAGCACCCGGCCAAGCGCCUGGGCUGCGGCCCGGAGGGCGAGCGGGACAUCAAGGAGCACGCGUUCUUCCGCUACAUCGACUGGGACAAGCUGGAGCGCAAGGAGAUCCAGCCGCCCUUCAAGCCCAAGGCGAAGGACAAGCGCGACACGUCCAACUUCGACAAGGAGUUCACCCGGCAGCCCGUGGAGCUCACACCCACCGACAAGCUCUUCAUCAUGAACCUGGACCAGAACGAGUUCGCGGGAUUCUCCUACACCAACCCCGAGUUCGUCAUUAUGCUACGCAUGGUCGAUGUUUCACGCCGUUGUGCUGCAGCUUGCCAUGACUGCACCGUCAAAAUUUAG